AUGUCGACAUUCUCUAAUACAGAUACUGGUAGUAAGUCUGCUGACCCUUAUAAGCUCGUCAACAAGGACGACAAUCUACCAGUGAACGAGAAAAUCGAGAGGCUCAACAAGUUCGUAUUUACAUGCAAGUAUGGAAUGAUGACUACGCGCGAUUUUAGCACUGGAAGACUCGUAUCACGAUGCAUGGCAUUGGCCGCGAAGGAAAAUGGAGGAGUGGACCAAAUAUUCUUCACCAACACAGAGUCUAAAAAGACAGACGAACUGGAAAACGACCCACACGUCAAUAUCUCAUUCAUGGAUAGUUCCGGCCAAUGGGCGUCCGUAUCUGGAAUGGCAUCUAUCGAGACUGAUCGCAGCCUGGUUAAUAAAUACUACAGCCCAACGUUGAAAGUGUGGGUAGGUGAUCUAGGAGAUGGAAUCCAUGACGGUUCGGAGAAUGAUCCUCGAAUUGGCAUCAUCAGGGUUAAGAUAUCGACGGCGACAUAUUCCGUUAGCGAUUUGACCUUCCUUGGCUUCGCGACCGAGGUAGCUAAGGGUACCGUGACCGGACAACCUGCGAGCAUCAACAAACUUCGCGAGAUUAGUGAGAAUGAAAUUCAGUCGUGGAGAGCAUCUCAUUAG